AUGGAAGCUUUGAAGGCUCAAUUGGCACACUUAAGCAUAGCCCAUGACUUAGUGGAUGUAACUGCUGAGUUUCGAGAGCUGGCGCGCGGCAUGAAGCCCGAAAGCGUCAUAAAAGCUCCGUCGUUCGAUCUGUUUGAAGGAACGCACUCUUUGGAGAUUGACAACGUAAAACUCGACUCCAGUUUACUAGUUUUAACGCACAAUGAAGAGGGUUUUGACUGCACGGCUACACAUGGUGACACAGAAGAGGAGAAAGCCGAGUUUGUCACCGCCGUUGUCGACCGUCUGUGCAGGUCCAUCGUGCUGUGGCUCAACGAAUUUCAAACACUGCCCACAACGUUGCUCAGUUGCCGGUAUGUGGAACAGAUGAUGUGCCGCUUCACUGAGGAUCCAUGCAGCGACUUCAGCACGUACAUGUUGGAAACGGGCCAUGACCUGUUCGACCAAGUGUUGUCUAGCUGCGUGAUCGGGACAUGCUACUUCGUGAAGCUAGUGCAAAAGCUGUUCAGGGCAGGCGUGGUUUUCGAAGAGGAAGACCUCAACUGCAACACCAUGGGACUCAACAUGCUUUCCAAUGUCCAACUCGAAACAGUCGUGGCACAUCUCGAUCUCAGCCAGCAACUAGUAAAGAAGUCGUAUCCGAACAGCCGGCAGCUAGCUCUUCUUGUUGACUUACUGACCCAAUUGGUCGAGCUUCAUAAGUUUUUGCCUACGGCUGAUGAAAUCUCCGCUCCCUUGGACCUACAGCCUCUCCAUACACUAACCAGCUGCGCAGAGCAGCUGCAGACUUUUGAGAUAAACAGCAACGAAAUAUACAGGGGAGCAUUUUCGGCGGGGAUUCAAAAACGACUAUCCAAUCAAUUUCCACCUCGAGAUAUUGUGAGCCCCAGAGGAUCUGAAUAUAAGGGAUUCAUCGAAAUGGCGCGAGAUUUAUUGCUAGUGAUUUCUGUCGAAAAGGCUAGAACAAUAACGGAAAUUGCACAGUUCUCUCGAUUCUUUAACAGAACCAAACAGCGGCACGUUUUAGCUCGAGCUUUUUUCCCACUAUAUUUGAUGAGAGACGACCAAACGGUUUUGAACCAAUAUACCUUUAACGACUUUUCGCUUCUGCAUUUAACUGAAUUCUCAUUUUGCAGCACUUCCCUCUCAAAAGCAUUAGAUCAGGAGCCAGACGAAUCAAUUUUGAGACAGAAAUUUGAGGAUUUCUUACAAGAAAUCUCCAGUAUCCUAUUCGAAUGGUAUCAGACGACAUCACAAAAUCACUGUAGGUAUAGACAAGGCUACAACCGCCAAUUGCUAUUAUGGGAUUCCUUGCAAGCUCAAAUCGAGACAUAUGAGCUAGAAUUGGAAGGUCAAGGCGUGAGAGACGAACUCGACAAGGAAAAUUCCUUUAUGCCCCUCACAACAUGGGUAUUUUACAUGAAAUUACGCGCAAUGUCGGACUUUGUCCUAAAAGGUUUCGAACUCGACAUCUACAAGCCAUGGGAAUUCUUCUCAAUGUUUUGGUACAAUUACUACUUGAGUCAGCAUCUAGAGAAUAAUUUAAACAGAGUCUCAAAAUCGCUAGACGCGAAGAUGAACUCUAUUUCGAGCCUCAAUAAGAAGCUCAAAAAGUUGAAAGCAGGCGAGAAAAAAGAGAAGCUAAGAGAAGCUUACCGCUCUCUAAUGGGUUCAGAAAUGCCGGUCCUGACAAAAGCGAAAGACUUUGUGGAGUACAGUUCUUUAGACUGCAUUGUGAUGAAGAAUCUUUCUCUGGUUGAAGUAUGCCAGUUUGCGAUCUUAAAGUCUUGUGGAUUGAUAGAUAGUAAAGGUCCGAUAAGCGCGGCAUUCAGUUCGCCGGAAUGGGUGCAUAGACUUCGCUUCAAAACGUUUGCAUCCAUAGGAGUGCCCGAACUGCCGUCGUAUACGCUAUUCCAGCAGUCUUUACAAGAGUUUUUGAUUGCUGAGCCGAUGUUUGGAAGCAAAUUAACACGGUCUAUCAAUUUUAUGCUCGAAGAGCUUGAGAAAGUGAAGGAGUUCUUGACCUCAAUAAUGCAAGAUAUAAAGACGGAAGGUGAUGCAGCAGCAGCGACACAAUUGGUGCUCAAUGAAUCACUUGAUUACUACCAUGGUCUUUACCGCUCCGCUGAGGCCUUGAUGAUAAACGCCCGGACACUGCGGACCAAAGUGGGAGGUGGCGCUCCAAGAAAGGAACUGGUCGAAAAAUACACGGUGGAGGUUUCUCGUCCGCAAGGCGGCAGUCCCUAUUUCCCGGUUUUGAUCCUAAAGACAAAAUCAACGUAG